AUGUCCUCUGCGACACCCCUGUCCGGUGUUUUGUGCGGCAAUUUAAAGCUCAAAAUUGCUAUGAAGGGUGCGACAGGUAUGUUGUUUCGUAUGCCGUCCCGCCAAUUUAGUACCGAUGUCUGAGAGAGGCAUUUUAGCUGAUGUUUAGGUGUUGGACCACACAUUUGGAUACGUUAAACUUUACUAGCCAUUUGUUCGACCAAAUACCGAGUUUGUCGAUGCUGGACUGCAAAUUCUCUGCAUUAUCGGCGCACUUGACUUCACUCAAUAUUUCUAUGUCAUCCUCGAACAUGAGACUCUCGCAGUUAAGUUCGCUGGCGCACUCGUUCACGCAAAUCGGAAGUAAAGUGAGCCUGAAACAGAACCAUGUGGGACAUCUCUUCCCAUUUUGAUCAUUUCAAGAUAUCGUUACCAACAGCGACUCUCUAUACUAUGGAGGUCAGGAAACUCUUCAUCCAUCAAAACUUUUUUCCUCGAAUUCCUACAUCCCAAAUAUUCUGCAAAAUAAGCUUCUGUGGGAUGCUGUCAGUGGCCUUCUGUAAGCCAAAAAUAUAAAAUCUACUGGAUAACCCUUGUUCGCGGUCCUUGUCCAUUUCUUGUGCAAGCAAAUAAAACGCGUGAGGCAAGAACGCCCUGGAUGAACGCCGUGUUGAUCAUUAUUUUGGUAUUUUCCAAGUAUUCCAUCAAAUGCCUUUUGAUAAUGCGCCCCAUUAUUUUACAUGCGCUACGAGUUGAACCGACAGGUUGGUAAUUUUCAUAGUUAAGUCGUGAACAUCCUUCAUGGAUCGUGGUGAUGUGUGUGCACUUCCAUUCUUCCAGGAUUUCGCGUUCUUCAAGUGACUUUUGAAAUUUUAUAGACAGUGACUCGCACAGUUCGUUAGCGAUUUCUCGAGGCGCUAGUGCAACAAUUCGAUCCGGAUCAAUCGACUUCGCAGGCUGCAGUCGAAGUAAUUCGGCCCUAACUAUGGUCAAUAAAAAGAGUUUUUCCUCAAAUGAGGAGGGCAAGGAGGGUGUAAGAGGGGGAAAAGGAGUAGAGCGAGUAAAAAAAGACGUUAGUUGGCAAAAGAGUGGAGGGAAAGCAAAUGAAGAAUGAGAUUCUCGGGCAAAGACGGACUGAAAGAAACUGGAAAGGGGGGGACGUUUAACCUGAUCAAUCGUCUCCAGUUUUUCGUCUGCAGACCUAAGAGCAGGAAUCAGUUCCUGAGUCCUUUUAAUACGCCGUAUACAGUUAUGUAGAAUUUUGGGUGUUUUAACGAAUUUAGCAGUGUAUUCAGUUCAGGCCUUCUUCGCAAUUUUCAAGCCUCACUUUUACCAAUUUUGCGUCACUGCUUAUACUUUCGUAAGUGCCCUUCGGAGCCGGUAAGUCUGACGCCUCAAAAGGUGAUUUCUUUUUUGAGAAAAACGGACCAUAAUUUCGAGUUUAUCCACUUUGGGCGGUUUGGAAGUUUCUCUUUUCCGAGAGGACAGCUGCUGUAAAUAAGCCCUUUCUAUAGGGAACUAAAAGUUUUCCAAUUUACGUUUGUUCUACCAUGGAGUUCUCUCUCCAAAAACACCGCGGCCACCUUUCUCCCCAUGAGUGAAUAUUCCCUUUCAAAACGUUUCUUUUCCACUUAUCAAGCGGAAUUAAUUUGAAAACAGUGAGCACUCGACAUACGAGAUAAUGUGGCCGAUUGACUGUAAUGAGGCCUGCAGUCCUAGCACAUUUUCCUCCUCUCGGGUAAAAAUAAGAUCAAUGCAGUUCGACUGUUGUCCUUCCUUACCCGCGUUCCAAACGUAACCUUCUGGCUAAGAAGCUGAUCCAUUGCUCAUUGUCCAUGCUUAUGACUAAAGUUAUCUAGCAGUCCCUGGGCAGUCCACAUUUGCCAAUCAGGGGUUAGGGGUAGGGUUUAGGGUUCGGUUUAGUGUUGGGUCUGGGAUAAGAUUUUGGGUUAAGGGUAAGGGUUAGUGUUAGUGUUAUGGUUAGGGUUUGGUCAAAAUUUCUGAAAGCGUGUGCCAUGCCAGUAUCAGUAAACCGUAUCCCUCACAGCCCGGUAUGCGCUGACAGUCCCCUGACAACUGGUUUCCUGCCGGUAGAUGCGCUUGCGCUGCCGCUUGGUGUACAGGCGGUGAGCAUGGCUACCCAAUCAUUCCCGUCCUUCCGACUCCUGUUGGGGUGUUGUUGUUUUGUUGGUGAAAAACCUAGCCAGGCGUAUGUUGUGGACCAAGGGGUUUGGUGGCAAGCUUAUGUGAGGGUUCUACCGUAUCAGCCAUCGUCGGCCUCCACCGACUCCGGUUUCUUAGACCCUGUCAUGGCACCGAUCCAGGUGGGGAGUGGGGAAAAGAGGGUGCGGUAGAUGCUGCGAGAGUUACCGUGCCUGCUGCACCUUAAUGUGUAGCACACGGUGGACAUCAUCGGAAUCGGCGGUCUAGCUUUCGGUUAAAACUUAAGAUUAGUGUUUAGAGUUUGAUUUAGAGUAAGGGAUAGGAUUAGGGAUAUGAUUAAUGUUAAUGUUUGCGUUAUGGCCGGGGUCAUUGUUAGAGUUUUGUAUUACCCAGUUCUGAGUUUAGUAUUAGGGUUGUGGCUUGAUUUAGAGAUUAGGGUCAGCGGUUAGCGUGGGUAGUAUGGUCGGGUUAUGGUUAGGGUAAGGGUUUGGGAUGUUGAUUUGUUUUAGUGUUAGUUCUUAGGCUUAUGGUAAUGUAUGGGAUUUAACAUUAUUGUCGUGGUUUAUUGUCAGGUUAUAGGUACCAGUGUUGCGGUGAGGGAUUAGGGCCAUGGCUUAUGUUUAUUUUUCAGGUUUGGGUCAGGGUUGAGGUUUAGUUUCCGCUUAAGUAUUAGGAUUAGUGUUAGGGUGAGGUUUAAGGGUGCAGUUUAGGGCAAGGGUUUGGUUUAGAGUUGAGUUUGGUGUUAGGGCCUGCGUUGGUGCUUUGGUUCAGGGUUAGGGUUAAGCGUUAGGGUUUUGGUUUGGGGUUAGGGCUUGUAUUGAAAUUAUCGUUAGGGUUAAAGAAAGGAUAUGGUUUUUUGUAAGGUUUCGGACCGAUGUAAGGGUUAGUCUUGGGGUUGUCGUUAGGUUUAUUGAUCAGGCUUAUGGUUUACGUUGAGGGCUAGCGGUAUUCAUUUGGACCAGGGCCAGGGUAAGAUUUAGGGGUAGCUUUCGGAUUAGGGUUGGAGUCAAGGAAAGGGACCUGGGCCGGCGCUGAAUGUGUGGGUUGCGGAUAAGCUCAUUGUCGCGGCGGGGGUUAAGUUUAGGAUCCAAGUUUAAUGUUGAGUUAGGGGUUAGCCUAAGGGCUUUGGGUAGGGGUAACAUUGUGGUUUACGGUUUGUGUGAGGUUUGGUUUUGGUGUAAGAGCUAGGGUUAUGUUUUUGUGUCAGUGCGAAUUUUGUUUGGAUUCGAUUUAAUGCAAGACUUGUUGUUAAGACUAGGAUUAGCGACAGUGCUUUGUGUUAUUCUCCAGUCUAGGUUUCAGGUUUUGAUUUACGUCCAAGACGAGCAUUUUCAUGAAGGCCAUGGCUAGAAGUAAUGAUAAUGAUAAUGAUUUUUAUUUAGUGCCAGUUUACAGGCAUUGUCAGGGAAGCGUUAAACAGAAAUCCGGCCAGCAAUGAAAAAAAACACCUGUGGGAAAGGAAUAAAGAUAUAGUUGAUGGUUUUUAUCGUUUCGAGGGUUCAGGCGAAAAAAACUGCUGGCAACGAUUUUUUGACCAUCAAGAAGGGAGGGGCUGCACGGUAUCGAAUGAUAUCAGUCGCCAAUUUCUUUCAUGAAGUUGGGGCUAGUCCAAACAGAAGCGCCGAAGAACAUCUGUCGCUGUUGGCCAAAGAAAUUUUCCCUGGUGAAACCGGCCAAAGUGGUCAGAAACCACAAACGUCAUCGCUACGGUAAAGUCGAUCAGUGCACUCAGCCCGCAAAAUUUGUGGGAGCUUUUCCGAAUGCAAAAAUCGAGUAAUAGUUCUCUAAAAUAAAUGAUAAUUUUGCAGAGUUUUCACACUCAUGGGUACUUUAUUCCAAAUUGCAAUAGUAGGAUUAUUAUUUCUGUUACAGUAAGGCUAUGGUUAGGUUUUAGGAUUACGGUUAGGGCUGGGUUUAUCGUCUAGGGACUGGAUGCACGGUUUACGGUUAGGGUUGGUUUUGGGGUUAGGGCUAGGGUUUAUGACCACGAUAAAUGUUAGUGUUUAGAGCUAGUUUUUAAUCUUAUGCUUAUGCGUAGAGGUUGGGAUUAGGGCUAGUGUAAAUGCUAGUGUUAAGGUUUAGGACUGGUGUCAGGGUAACGAGUACGGUUUUCUGUCAUGGCUACGUGUGUUUUGAAGAUUAAGAUCAAAGCCGUUGUUGGGGUUUAGGCUUAGGCUUAGGGCUUAGUUUUAGAGUUUGGUUUCGGUUUUACGGUCUGCAGUUAGGAGUAUGUUUGGCGUCUAGAACUUUCGGUUAAUGAUAAGGUUAGUUUGCGGAGAGUGUUAUUAUUAUCGUUAGGGCAUAUGUUUGGGGAUAGUGUUUGGUUCUGCGGAUUAAGGUUGCUAUUGGAGUUUGGGUGAGGGUUUAGGUUAAGGUUUUUAAUGUUAGUGUAACGGUUAAGGGUUAUGCUUAUGUUUUCGUGUCAGGGUUAGUUUUAAGUCUUGGGUACACAAUUAUCGGUUAGCAUUUGUGUUGUUGCUUAGGGUUAGAGUUGAAUGAUGUGGUUAACAGCAAGCGGUUAGGGUUAAAAUUCUGGUUUAGCGUUGUGUUUAGGGACUGGAUUUAGGUUUAGCGAUAAGGUUAAGGGUUAUGAUUUUAGUUUUAGUUCUGGGUAAAGUUUAAAGUCAGUUUGGCCGCUAACGUUCUGGGUGUAGUGGACAGCCAUAAUGGCUACGUCGCGCCUCAUGCUGGCGCCUGCACCUACGUCCUAGCGACAGCCUGCUUUGGCGCGCACGUCUGCCCGGCUUCGAUUUGUCUCGUUGCAAUUUACUGUCUGCGCCACGCACCUGGUCGAUUCUCUUCCUGUAGCAUGCGAGACUUGUCAUUACCUUCGCGUGGGCUCGGAGCCAAUCAACGGACCUCCUCUCGCUGAUUGGUACAGUCGCGGGCACAGCCAGACCACUAGCGUAAACAAUAUGCAGCGACAAUUUUGCAGCGGCGACCUCCGGCGACAAAGGGCUCGUCGAUCUUGCGGACGCCGCCUCCGCGGCGCCGGACCCAUCCUCGUCCGGUUGCCAAAUUCAUCCUUCACUUUUCUGUACAGAAUAAAGUGGUCUUACCAAAUGGCGUCCUGCUUCUAUCAACUUUGGAUAUGGCCUGAAGUUGCGGCGUGCCGAGCGUACACCAUCACCACUUAGCCACUACAUGGGUCUGGGUGAAUUUUUGGCUUACGGUUACCGGCAGGACCUGGAGUUUGUUUUCAUAUUUGGGUUAAGCGAUCGAUUUGGGGCUUAGGAGAUCUUUAAAUGGGCUUAAUUUUGGUUUGUAUGAUUAAGGUUUGUCUUUAGAUUCGGUUUUAGUAAACGACAACGGUCUUCCUCUUUGGACAUUUUUUCUGGGGUUUAAGGCUCCCUUUUUCUCCCUACCUACUUGGAGCACGACAUACAAACCUGAAGACCAUGGACGGUUGAUGAUCAAAGCUGCCUCGGAGGAGUUCAGAGGAGAGUCAUGACGAUGGUUAGAGAUCAAAGCGUCUUUUCGUAUGCAAUCCACUUAAUAAGUCUGAACCUUUUCCCUUUGAGAUACAGACAACUUUACAAGGAUCUCUUGCAAACAUUUCGCAUUGUUAGGGGGUUAGAUCGCAGCCUGACCCUCGAUGACUUUUAUGAACGCGCUACCACGACCAAUCUCCGAAUUUACCCGUUAAAAGUGCUCACUCAGCAGGCAAGGCUGGAUGUUUGGAAGUUCUCCUUCUCUGUUCGAGUGGUUAAACCAUAGAAUGCCCUAUCCGCAGAUGUUGUUAUGUCACCAUUUAUACACCGUUUUAUAAAGAACCUCGAUAAAUUUAUGUACCAAAAUGACCAAGAGCAAUGAGUAAUAUGGCUCACCCCCUGUAACUCCUUCCCAUUUUGUCCUACCAUUAUGGGCUCGUUCGAACUAUUUCAGCCCAUGACAUUUUUCUUUAUACCACGCAAUUUUACGUUGCAAAUAAGGUAUUCAGUUUCAAUUUCAAUUAAAUUUAAUAUAUUAAAUGCAAGUUUACAGGCAUUAUCAAGGGAAGCGAUUAAACACAAAUCCUAUUUUCAUCAAUAAGCUGAAUUGAACCUGUGUUGUUAUUGAUUCACUUUAUUCGGGGUUUGCAGGUUGCUUUAUUGUGUCCGAUUUUAAGUCUGUUGGUUGCUUUCGAUCAAUAUAGCACAUUUCCUUCCUUUGUGAAUGCUUCUAUCUACUUGGAAACAACCUCACACGGAACACUUACUGUCCCGCAAUUGCGGACGCUAUGCUGCCCGCAAUCCAUCGGGAGGUAUUUGUUGGCGUCGUCCGCCAGGCCUCCUGGCUCCUCAUGUACUUUAUUUUCGCUCUCCAUUUUCGUUUUCCUGUUGGAUUUGAUUUACCUGUCAUAUUUCCUCCGCUGAUUUAUUCCUCCUAUAAUUCUUCCUUCCCUCUCCGCUCCCCUUGACUGACUCCCGGUUCCGUACUCCUCUUGGAAGUUUAUGGGUUCUCCUGACUGCUCAAUUUUUCGCCGCAGAUUAUCCUCAUGGAUCCCACUAGGUCACAGUUACGUAUCCUAACCUAUGCCUGCCACCUGGAAUUACUGCGUCUUCUGUUACGGCCGCUUACCUUUUAUUCCACGCCGCGUUGCGAAUAUCUCAGUGUUAUCUAGACAUUCUCUUUAGAUUCACCUCCUACAAAUCACUUCUUCCAUGGCUCCUUGACUCACUUACCUCCCUACUUAGGUUACACCACAUACAGCUAACCCGUAUUCCUGAGGUCAGUGGCGCAAUGUAAACUUCCCGUGACAGGACGAUGCUGUCCGCGGUACCUGUCGUGCCUGUUCGCCUAAAAUAGCCUAAGUGGAUGCCCUAAAUGUCGGCUAACCAUUAAACCGUUAAUGAUCUUUCGGCGACAGGGUUCAUACAGUAAGCAAAGAAAACUACUACUACUACUACUACUACUACUACUACUACUACUACUACUACUACUACUACUACUACUACUACUACUACUACCACUACUACUACUACUACUACUACUACUACUACUACUACUACUACUACUACUACUACUACUACUACUACUACUGCCACCAUCACCGAAGCCGGCUUAGCAACCACCACCUAUCCUGCCCACGCUGUCAUUGCACAUUUGUCUUGCAUACUGGCCUGGUCGGUUACUUGAGAAUCCAUCGCAUGGUGGCUGAUGAACCAGCGCCUGGAGCUCCAACACGCAUCAUAUGCACUCACCUCAACUGCGUGCACUGCCCUCGGUCAUUCAGAUACCGCAUUGACCUAUUAGGCCUCAUCCUCAUUAAUGAAAACCUGCCAUAAAUCGCCCUAUCGCAAGUAGGCUAGGUCAAGCGUGAGACCCUGGCUAUCACAACCUUCAGACUCGGUCCCGAAUGGAAAGAUUAGACGGAUGCCUGUGGCGAGGAUGAUAUAUUUUGUACAGAAUGACUGGAAAUGGAAGUGGGGAGAGUUGGCAGCCAGACGAGGCCAUGACCAAAGUCGGGUGAGCGACGUCUGAAGCGUGUGUCAGGCAAUGCGUCAAAGCGUCGUAAGACAGACCAAGUCUGACCCGGCCUUGAAUCUGAUCAGUCGGUUGAAAGACCGAGGGAAAGAAUACCUGACAGCCCUGAUGCGCACGUGUAGACCUCGCGGGAGGCCCAGCAUUGAGACAGGCGCCUGGAGUAUGGCUAUUACAGCCCCAGACAAAAUUUAAUCACCACAGAUUCCUCCACCAAAACGUUCACCACGCAUACAACCCUCGAAAAUCCCACGAUACCGGCACUUCACAUGAAAGUGGGAAGUGUUUUUUCCGGCUCGUUUUCCAUGUGGCUCAUCUGCUUCAUGUGCUAACCGAGCCUGAGACUAUCAAGGUGCGCCAAUCGCCGUGGCUUGGAAGGUUGCCAACUGACAGGAGAACUUGGAUCCCGAAGUCAGCCCAUUGUGUGUUCGUGUGAGGUGACGUAUUGGGGGUCAGACUGCAAUGGCUCCUUCUUAAUAUGACCUUUAUGGCACUCCCACCUAGUGAGCCGGUGUGGCGACGCGCCUAGGGACGACCCUGGUCAUAACAGCAGUUGCCCUUGUUAUUGGUUGAAAUCCUGAUCAAGUGUUCGAAUGUAGUGGUACGCCUGGGCGUGGGUCGGGCCGUGCCAUCCGCCCGGGGCCUUCGUAACCUCCGGUCUUCUUAACUCUGUAUAAACACCGGGCUCAGUUUGGGGGAUGAGGAAAUGCGGUGGAUGCUGCACAGGUUUACUGUCACUAGAGAAGAAAUUAUGUACAAGUCACUGUUUCUGCUCUGACACUGCUGUGGGGCACACGGUGGGUAUUGCCGGUCAUAACUGUCGAACUCUCACACGACUUACCCACAGGUCACUUACCUUGUGAUCCUCCGCGAGGUCGCAGUCGGAAGUUAACAUUGAGGAUGACAAGGCACUGAUCCAUCCAUCAAUUGGCCUCACAGGUCACCUUCAUCACUUGCAAACUGUGCCGUUCACGCCUCCGGACGAGAACUUAAUCAAUUAACUGCCGGCGCCGCGACUGGAAGUGCAUCCAAAUCACCUUCUCCUGCGUCAGAGGGCGGGUGUUGGUGAAUAGGAGACGUUGUUUCGCGCAAGCUGGCAGAAGAAGGAGGUCGACUCCUUUGCAGCCGCCAAGACCAUGGGAACUCAGGACCCCCUGUAAGCAGCGUGGUGUGUCCCGCCGCGGACAUUAAAGUUACCAAGCCCAGUCCGUUUGUCCACUUUUGGUACGGUCGGCAGGAAGACGUGCGUGUCUUCUCAGAGCUUGCUACUCAUCUCGUUAGAGCUGGUCAUUGUGGAGAAUAAUAAUGAUAAUAAUAAUAAUAAUAAUAAGAAGAAGAAGAAGAAGAAGAAGAAGAAGAAGAAGAAGAAGAAGAAGGGUGAAGGCGCCGACGACGGCGGUGAAUCUGGCUCCCCGAAGAGCCAGUUGCACGGUCAUGAGACAAUGGUUGGUUGCCUGCGGCAGACAGUGCAGUUGUCCCAUGAUGUCAUAACGGAUGACGAAGGUUGCGGUAACGUCGCGUCGCUCUACUUUUGGACGGCUGUUACAGAAACUGUAGUCGGCACUUACGUUCUCCAGCUGACCCUGUUUGGAGAGUCGAAUCUGGCCUAG